AUUCAACAACUGCAGAGUAGUGACCGAAAAUGUGCGUUCAUGUACGCAUCGACACCUCUGUGGAGAAGAGGAGAGUUGGGGUUAAGAACGCCGAGCGAUGAAUCCGACAUGAGCGCCAUUCAGUGUACCGCUCAUUAAAGAACAAACCUCGAUCAGGCACAUCUGCACGCCACGGAGUUGCGCCAUCCCCAAACGAUCGUGUACGAGUCCGUGAUGACUUGCUCGUCGGUGAGACUCGUUGGAGUGAAAGCAUUGUGAACUAACGAAGAGUUUAUUCCUCGAUCGCGGAGUCACCGUAAGCUGACCGCUUCCUUGAAGUCUCACCACCCGGAAUCGAUUGAACUCUUUCGGGAGUGACCCGCACUCGUCAUUUUGUUUGAACAAAAUUUGUCUGAUUUGCCGAUUGACGGGAGGAUCGUGAAAUAGUUGUCGCAGUCUGCCACGGCAGCGCCUUUUGGUGGAAGCGAACAGCAGGGGAGAUAAUACACUUGGCUUACUUUUUAUCACGUCUCAUCUUCGUUCUUCGGGCAAGGAAGGAAAGACGCCUCUCGCAAGUCCACAUUUUCAGUGGUUCUCCGGGACAAGCAGAUGGGAACACUCUUAAAUUAGCUCCACGACUCCGCAUGAAAAUUAAAUUCGCCAAAACACAAGCGUGCCACAGACAUCCUCUGAUUCGUUUAUUCAUAUCGGCCUCCACUUGAAACCCGGAACAAACUUUGGUAUAAUUUAUAGCGAUCACUUAGCUCGUGAUCGUAACACCCCUGGUCGUACUCACAGGGCGGCUGGCAAACAAGGACAAGUCAAGAUUUCCACCGCGUUUGGAUUGUUUGCAAAUAAACUGCGAAAAAAAGGCAUCAACGACACGAGAGGCCAGACUGCGGCCUGUUUGAAGAGGAUCGACGUUUUAGGGAGUAACAACGCGUGCGUAUAAUAAUAUUUCAUUGAAAUAUAUGUGGGCGCUUUUUCUGCCAUUGCAUUGUGCAAAAAAACUGCAGUGGGCUCCUUUUAUGGAAAAUUGUUCCAACUCGUCCAGUGUAAGCGAUCUCUCCAAGAGUUCUAGCAAGAUGGGGAAACGGCUGGGGAACUUUGGCGCACGGAUCGGUAGCUACAUGGGUAUGAUGUCGGACCAGUUCUUCGACUACGACACGCCCAAGAUGGUGCAGAUUAAGAGCAAGAAAGUGGGCCUCAUCAAUAGAGUAGUGCAGAUUUGCGUCAUUGCUUACGUAGUCAUAUAUGUUUUAAUUAUCAACAAAGACUAUCAAAAGCGAGACAACGUGGAAGGGUCGGCGACAGCGAAGUUGAAAGGUGUGGCUUAUACAAACAUCACGGAUGCCUGGGACCUUCAAGUAGACGACCCAACGCCCUACAAUCGAAUUUGGGAUCUUGCAGAUUAUGUAAUACCUCCACAGCAGCAAACGAACGCUUUUUUCGUCAUGACAAACAUGGUGAUAACGCCAAAACAAACCCGUGGGAUUUGUCCAGAGGCUCCCGACGUCUGGUACGGCAGGUGUAAAACGGAUGCAGACUGCCCGGCGGGAGAAUACAUUAAGACUGGAAACGGUAUGAGGACUGGCAGUUGCGUACCAACGCCCUGGCCCUACAAAGAUGUCAACAAAACCUGCGAAAUAAAAGCAUGGUGCCCAAUAGAAAACGACAAGUUACCGAGAGCUAAAGUACCGGUGCUCCUAGAAGCUAAAAAUUUCACAGUGAUGAUUAAAAACAGCAUUUCCUUCCCAGCCUUCAACUUCUCAAAAAGAAAUAUACGGGAGACGGCGGAGAAGGCCUACUUGCGGGGCUGCAUGUACGACCCGGUCAACGACCCACUCUGUCCCAUCUUUAAGCUGGGGUCUAUUGUGGAAAUGGCGAAUGACACGUUCGAGAACAUGGCUUACAAGGGAGGCGUGGUCACGAUAGACAUUCAGUGGAAUUGCAACCUUGAUAGACAUCGAGACGAAUGUCUGCCCAAGUAUCGAUUCUUCCGCUCCGAUGACCAGCACGCCCAAAUAGCUGCGGGGUUCAACUUCCGGUACUCGAAGUACUACAAGUCAAACGGCUCUGAGCAUCGGACGUUGACAAAGGCCUACGGUAUUCUAUUCAACAUCAAGAUCACCGGGGUGGCGGGGCAGUUCCAUUUUAUCCCCCUCAUGCUUAACGUGGCGUCGGGAUUUGCACUGCUUUCGCUGGCCACCGUAAUGUGUGACAUCGUUGUGUUGUACCUGCUGAAGAAACGUAACAUCUACAAAGAAUGCAAAUAUCAGAAUGUCAACCCGGUCACGGAUGAUGGCUAUGAGGUUCCCGCCCUACGAACCUUUUCCAAAGCCGACGGGAACAGUGCCAUUUUUCCGCUCCGUCGCAUAUCUUACGACGGCAACUCGAUGGACGUGGGCAAGCGAUACGCGACGGCAUACCUGGACUCCAGCGCCGACAACGAUCGAAACAGCUAAAACCAUGAACAUUUUGUAUCAUUAUAUAGACAAUUAUGAUAAAAACAGCCAAUCAGUUUGUAUUUUCGUGGAACUAAAAUUGCCAAUUGGACAGAAAUGAUGAGAAAAAAGUUUAGAGAUGAGUGGAAAUUGUGUGAUUUUUGCGUGAGUUUUGGUUUGUUGAUUUUGUGUGUGUGCGUGCUGUUUGUUUUGUUUUUUUACUCCAUUCUAGAAGUAUUAUUUCAUCACUGUAAAUACCAUCUGGCGUUAUGGUGUUAAAUAGCAAAUAGUUUAUUUGAUUUGAGAUCUUUGCCAUGUUUAACAUGAAAUAUAAUACAUGCAAACUGUUCUUGUGCUGUCAUUUAGAUGGCCAUUUUGUGCACUCUCAGACUGGUUGAAAGUUCCUAGUUUCACAUCGCUUCACAUUUUGUAGCGACUGCGGCACCAUGGCAUUCGUAGUGUACCUUCAUCAGAUUUUCGAAUAAUAUCUUAAUUGGUGAAAUACUUUCAUAUUUUUGUGAAGUUCCAAGACACUGUUCCAAUAACAAUCGCGCAUAGUGCUACUUAUUUUGUAAUGAUAAUGAUUCCAUCGUGACUUUUCUUCCGAUUCAAUUGAAGGUUUGCCUUUAUUUAUUAAAUGCUCUACAGGAAUUUGUUGAUAUUGUAAAAAUACAUCUGGUGAUGCAUGUUUUUAUUUGAAAGCCAGUGCCAUCGUUUACGUGCAGAAUUAAGGUAGCUCAGAUUUCUGCAAUUUGACUAUACAGAUAUACACACUGCACUUAAUGUACAACUGUAAUUUUUGAAAACUAAUUGUACAUAGAGAGUGUGCAAAAGUACACAAAACAUGUCGGUGAAGAGGUUAUUACCUAAUGAACGAAGGAGCAGAUUUUAAAUAAAUCGGGUAUACAUUAACGUUAAUUCCGACUAAGGACAUUUGUACACUUGGGGCGUAUUGUAAACGGGCAAAACAACAUUGUGCUUUUGCAUCCUUGGAGUCAUUAGAACGAUUACAGUGCUUACUUAUUUACAUUUAUUGAUACCAUGAAAUUAUUAUGAAACAGAACCAAGAACAACUAUUUGAUUCAGUGCAAUUGAAGUGAAGGACGCGAUUUCAAAGGAUUCACUUAGUUUUCAUGAGAGAAGGCUAGAACUUCGAUUUCGCAAGAUGUAUAUUAGUUCCCUUUAGAAAGGUAGGCAACACCAUUUAGUGAAUUAUUUGUUCCAGUGUCAUCGAUUAUUAAGUGAAAAAAAAAUUGUAAUUGCACCGACCACUCAUAUAACGAUAUGGGGUAAAACUACUGCGCGUUUUACUUAAUUAACGUUUUAUUGGAAGCGUCAUUUUAUUGUCUUCCCUCUAUGAAGAUUGUAAUAUACCGAGCCACAGCUUGUAAUCCAGACAGCUGGUUAGUCGCUUAAAGGUUUCGUCUACACCCUUGAUGUUGGAGUGCUAGUCUAACCACGUCAUUACCGAGAAAUUCGGGUCCAAUUUUUUAUCAUGCUUAUACCGUAAAAAGAAUUUCUAAUAUACACAAAACAGAAUUCUUGAGUAAUGGUUAGCGCAAUAAGCAUGUCAGCAAGGAUUAUGAAUUUGUCCACUUCUAACCUGUAUGUUUUCUGAGUUUAUAUGGAACACGCUCAGGAUUUCUGUCCGUAAUGGAUAAUUAAAAGAUGAUUAACGCAGAAUUUCCUGAGCAGUGCGGUGAAACUGCACCGUAGCCGUGGUUUUGACUGUUCAAAACCUGCAAAAUCACACAAUCCUACGUAGUAACCAAAGCACCUUCUUUGAAACUCUGAGCUGAUAGAUUAAGAUUGUUUGGUGGCUGACGCAUUAAGUCAGGUUUUUCAAAAGGAACACUUUGUUUCGUCCCUUAAACCAACAGGAUGUAGCUGGUUUAUACUGAAAGCUGUGAAACGUCGGGCAAACCAAGAGUGGUUUCUUUAUUCAUGUAAUAGGCCUACAUCCCUAAAUGUUUCUGAAGGUAGUCCUAAUGCUUUGAUGACAGUUCCAAAGAUUGCUGUGUCGUCCAUACUUAACCCGUUUAACCUGUUUAUUACGACAAAGGUGCUUGUAUUUUUUUAAUUUGUUGUUUUGUGGCUGUAAAAGCCCAGUUGUGAUAAUGUGUAAUGACUGGGAGUUUGCAAAUACUAUUACGGUUAAUAAUGUUGAUAGAGUCUCCAUUAUAUUUUCCUAUAAGGCCAACAAAGAAGGAAUAGUAGGGAUUUCAGAUGAAAUUUAGACAAAAUUUAUGAUCCUGCAGGAAACCAAUUCUCUUGAGUGGAAAGAGGCAAACAGGGGUAAAGUAACUUUCCAAAGGUCACAACGCAUGCUCAUAGCUUAGAUUCGAGCCCGUUAUACCAGGCAAGAUAUGGGACGGAGGGGUACCCCCUCCCUUACCUGUCCAAUACCUAUAUCCACUGUAGACUAUGGUUAUCUAACACCCCCCCCGAAGUCUGUAAAGAAUUCCUGAGAUUCUGAUCAAAUAAUAACCAAAACAAAGGCAGGGGGUCCUCUCCUUCCCAUAUCUUGCUUCAAAUGGAGCCCGUGGCCCUCCCUACAAUAAUCCAAUCACUAGGUCAUUAAUCAAUGCCACCAGUCAUCUUUUGAGCCAAUUUAAGAAAUUUGGAAUUGAAGUUUUCCUUUCCAAAUUCAGAGCAUUACCUUUAUUGAAUUAAUCUGUAGGGCCAACCUACUAAUUUGUCUUUGUCACUACGUCUAGUGAAUUUAUUUAUGUGAAAUAUGUAUAUAAAACACGUUCAUUUAAUUAAAUAUUAGUGUUUGUGUGUGUUCUUAUAUUGGAGACAAAGGCUGGCUAAUACGAAAGGGAAGCGCUCUAAAUGGCGGUGAACCCAACCAUGCCAGCGGGAUGCAAUUUUUUCUUUGCUUUUAUCUUCAAAGUUUAUUAAAUAAUAAGGGUAAACUAUAUCCCCCUUAGAAUAUGGAAAAAUAAGAGGACGUACCAGGUGCUACCCCUGUGGACCCGACUGUUACCGAAAUGCGCUAUUAUUAAAGUCCAAACGGGUAUAAGUGUAGCAAAUAACCCUAUGUUAGAAGGGUAUCAAGGCAUCCCUUCAAACUGAUGAAAAAUUUCUCGAGUAGUUUUCCCUGAAAUCGAUAGAUGGUGGUGUCGCAGACGCAGGUACACGUGCUGGACCUAUGGCUCGUCAAUAUACACUUCUCGUUGCUGAAAAAAUACUGUGUGAAUAGCCAGGAGAACCUUUAGAAUAAAGACCAAUUAUUGGGCAUGGACGCGGCCCUCGGGGAUCGUCGCAAGCAACAGGAGAUGGGGGAAAUCCACUUCUGUGAGUGAUUUGAAGCCAGAGGGCGCUCUAGGGGCGAGAAUGUGCAGUUUUAAAUUAAGUUCAUGGUGCAUGGUCAGUGCCACAUGAAUCACAGUCUUUCGGCGUUAUGUAUUUCAGAUUGCGUCUUCUAAUACCACCAAUAAAAGAACUCUCCCACUUACCACAUGCUUAAAUAAUGUAUAUGAACAUGCAUACUGAAUUUGAAAAGCAAGUGCUUGUUGCACUUCGGAAACAUCUACAUGUACAAGUUAACUACCCCAUUAAUGUAUAUUCGAAUUAAGGAAUUAUAUCCCAGGGGCGGAUCCAGGAUAUUUUGGGGGAAAGUGUCAGGCCGGGAUUUUUUUUGUGCGUUUUUGUGGAAAAGGGGGAACGAUGGUGAAACAUUAAAUGACAUACACGAGUAACACUCAACUUGUGCACAAGAAUCUCGGUGGAUGCUUUCUUGUUUUUCGAUCUUCCUUAUAUUUUUUUAAACAUUAUUUUGCCCUUUAAACCUUUUUUUUUGUCUCAGAGCGGGGGGUUUAGA